GGCCACGCACAGAGCGCCGGCCGACCGGGCACGUGCUCACGCUGGGCGGCCGCGCCGUCGAGAGGCAGGAGCAGCCGCAGGAGGGGGGAGAGGAGGGGCAAGAGGAGGGGGGCGGCGGCAAGGGGGCGGCAGCGGCGGAGGAGGAGGUGUACACGGGCCCGGGCGAGAUCCUCCACCGGGCCAUGCUCGACGAAGAGGCAGUACGCCGCUUCGAGACCCGCCUCGAGGCCUCACGUGGUAGUUGCCUCCUCUGCCGCGUAGAGGGCGGGCGCCCGUUCGACCACGCCGCCGCGACGUGCCCCCGGCGUUGGCCGUGGAUUAGGGCUAAGGCGAAGACACUACAGGCCUGCCGGGACGCGGGGCGACCGUGGAUCGCCCAGUUCGCGGCGUGCUACCGCUGCUAUAUGCCGCAGCUUAUAUGCACGAUGGCGGACCCGGAGGCGCGGGCUACCGCGGAGGAGGACGGCGUCGGGGAGUGCCGGUUCCGUGAUAUGGUGAUGCCGCUCUGCUACGGCGCUUUCUUCCGGGCCGGGCCACGGGCGCUGAUCAAGAAGCACUUCCCGCGGGCCUUUAAGAAUAUCGACGACUACAUGCACUGGCUCGGUGAGUCGAGCGAGCUCGGCGGGGCUCCCUGCGUUCAGGCGGCGCGGGUAGCCGACGUCCUGCUCCGCGAGAUAGAAACGUAG